UCUGCAGUGAGCAGUACUUGCAUGAGCUAGGUCAAGUAAAAUAACAACGCAGAAUACUUUCAAGAAGAUAUUAAAAUCUACAUUAAAUCUUUUACCUCCAGUAACAAAAAGGCAACUAAAACUUUGAAUUAUGGAGAGGAGACGAAAACGCAGAGGCAGAAGCAAAAGCAAAGGUCGCAAUGAUGAAACUGAACUGACUCCUUUGGUAAAAACACAGGUUUCACAGUCAUAUACCAGCAUACCAGAGGACCAAGAUCAAGAACAAGAUCAAUCAGAUGAAACAUUGACAGAUGAAGUUGGAUGGUCUACAGACUCGACUGAAAAGCUGAGAUUUAUAGUACUUGGAGGUGAUGAUGCUCUUAUGGAUAAAGCAUGUGGCACAAUCCUUAGGAAAAGGAAAAAAAGGAAUGCAUUUCACUUUGGAAAAUUGGAGCCUAGGAAUGCUUAUGUUUGUGGACGACAAGUUUCUGUAUUAAAAACUCCAUUUAGAUGGCUGGAACACUUGAAAUCAUACUUGUUUUUCAGCAGGGGAGUCAAAUCUAUCAGAAAUGAAAUGGAGUCAUAUGAAUCCUUGUUGUUUCCGGGGCCUCAUGCCUUUCUGUUAGUACACAGAGAUGUGAAAAACUCUGGUAGAGAUUAUUAUCUUUUACGUGCUCUCAGUGACGUGUUCGGGGAAGAGGUCUUGGACUAUUGCAUGGUAUUAUUUAUGGAUAGGGCUAUGCACAAUAAUCCAAAAAAGAACACCUGUUUGAAGAUGUGUGAAAAUAGACACUACAUUUUACAGAACACUGACACAAGUGUUAAUGAAAUGUUUAAAAAGGUAAAGAUAAUGACAGAGAACAAAGACAACAAUUUUUUUACACCGCAUUUGGAGUUUUUCAGAAAAGCUAGCAAUUAUUUUCAGGUGGAGUACAGUGAGAAGGAAAAUAAACUAAGAAAAGCAUUAAUUGAUUCCAAAGACCGAGAGAGUCAGCUAGAACGUGAAAUUGAGAAACUUCAAAGAGAAGUGGAACUGCUCAAAGACAAUGAAAAACAACUACAAAAAAAUCUGACUGGAGCAAUAGGUAAAGAAGAUUGUCUGCAUGAAAGAGAGAGAGAACUGUAUAAAACAGUCAAGGAACUGGAUGACAGACAGAGAUAUCUGCAUGAAAGAGAGAAGGAGCUGGAGAUCAGAGACAGAGAGAGAGAAGUGACACAGAGAGAUGUGAGAUCCAGAGAACUUCAUCAGACCACAGCAGUUGCUCCCUCUGCUGUGUCGGGGGACAGAGACAGUCCUCUAGGUGAAUGUGAAGGAGGGAUUAGAGAUGAUUCACAAGCAAGUAAAUUGCUUAGGAUCCAGAAACCCGUACGUCGAAACAGCAGGGAAUUAAAUCCACCUUAUAGUAAGUAAUCUAUUUCAAAUACAACAUUAUGCUACACUCAAUGUAUAUUUCCUUAAAAAGAUUCACUAACUUCUGUAACAUCAGUAAGAUAUCAUCCCUAAAAUUUCCUUUUUCUUUAGUGUAAGCACAUUCCAUGAGGUGAGUUGAAGGAUUUUCCUGGUUUCUACUUAAAAGGAUAGUUCACCCAAAAAUGAAAGUCUGUAAUAAUUUCCUCACCCUAAUGUUGUUCCAGACCUGUAUGACAAUGAAUAUUCACACUGCUCUUUUCUAGACUGGAAGUCUCACAGCCACGGCCACCAGAGGACACUCCUUCUGGAUCAUAGUUUGUUUGUUUUGGACUUCAUUUCACCUCACCCUUUGUUUUGAAUCAGAGGUGGAUCUACCGGUGUGGCAACUGCCACCCUAAGAAAAAGCUGUGCCACUCCACCUGCCACCCCAGAUAUCACCAGUGGUGGGCAGUAGUGUAGCUACAAGUAGUGACGCUACUAGUUUAACUACAUUUCUUAGUAGCGUGGUGGUAGCGUCGCUGCUUUCUGAAUCAAAUACCUUUUCAGUAGCAAAACUAAUUUUUUGAUUAGUGCGUCCCGCGUCUCUACAUUUCAUGUGAAAUGUUCACGCGAUUAAUUUUAGAUUCCAGCUUGUAAAAACUAUUUAUGUCUUUUUCCUUUUUAUGAGCCGUCUUCAGAAGCUUUCUCGCUUCUCAAGAUGGCCAACCGACAAUCACCUAAGCACAGCUCUUUAAUUGCACUCUAGUCUCUGAUCAAACCACUGUAGCCUAAUUUAUUAACCACGCAAAUCGUAACGUUUUAGGCAAGUAGCCUGCCAUAUUAUGUCAUAAAAUAUUUUAAUAAGACUGAAUUUGUAUUUCACCCGAUCACAUGUUUAUAAAAAUACAUUUUAAGUUUAAUUAUAAGCAGCAUGUUCACGAUUAUUCAAACUACGAACAAAUUCAACCUGGUCUCACAGAAUUCAGGGUCCGUGGUCAUUACACGGAAUUCUGUGAGACCAGGUUGAACAAAUUAUACAGCAAGCCAAGAACAUUUACAUGAUCAAAGAAUAUCAUUGAAUUCAGUCUAGCAUGAGUCUUUUUUGGAGCACUCUAAAAAAAAAAAAGCUCCAUUUAGGCUAUAAUACUUAAGUGAAGCUGUCUGCAGUGAUUAAUUAAUCUCUUAUGUACAUGGCAUGUAGCCUACAUCUGCACUUUGUUGUUUCUGAUGAGAGAAUUCGCCAAAGUGCACUGACCAACUUUGGCAUAUCAACGAUGUUAAUAUUUAGUUAAAUCCCCUUAAAUAAUAGAAAUAUUUGAGAAAUUAUUAAAGAAAUUAUAUAACUAAAAUCACAAAAGCACAAAUAUAUAUUGGUUUGCAUAUAGCCUAACUCUUCAUUCAUUUGUAUGUUAAUCUAUAAGAGUUUGGGCUGUUUAAUUGGAUUUUGUCUAAAAUCCCCCACCGUGUCCCCGCCCUGCAACAUCAAGCCCCCAACCAUCACCCCCGACCCCCAAAUAAAAUAUGUUCCCACGGCUAUGCCUUACAUUAUCCAAAGCAUUCUGAAGCUCAAGCUCAAAUCGGAAAUAUAACUGCUACGGAUCACUGAUCCUAGAUCAGUAAAAGUGAAGCCACAGCCACUAAAGCUCGUAAAGCCAUUGGCUCCUCAAACUGUCAGUCAAACCUCAUUAUUAAGAAGUAUGACGCACAGUUUAGAGCAUCUCAGGUUAUUUGCUGUCUGAAGGUAAAUAAAUAACUGUUGAUUGAAUAAGUACAGUUUUCUUUACUCAAAAAACACUAUAUUUAUAAAGGCUAUUUUUUUUUUUUUUUUGGAUUUGAGGAGCAGAGAAGAGUGUCGUAGUCUAGCAUUUGUUGUCAAGUCACAGCCAAAUAGCUUGUGCGAAGCGCUGAAUCUUUUACAAUAUGAUACUCUGGCCAAAUAACAGAAAAAACUGAGCGCCCACAUAGCAACAGAAAACUGUAUGACCUGCAAGUUCAUGAAAAUGUAAAUGCGAUGCCCGUACUGCCUCUGAUGUGGCGUUGGACGGGAAAAAACAUGAACUAUACAUUUAUUAAAGUAUUUAUUAAUCUUUGUUAAUGUUAUAGUUAAUGAAAAUACAGUCAUCCAUUGGUAGUUCAUGUUAGUUCACAGUGCAUUAACUAAUGUUAACAAACACAACUUUUGAUUUUACAGUUUUUCUCAGUCACUUUGGUGCAUUUCUCGAAUCAUCCAUAAUAUUUGCAAUACAUGUGCAUUUCUCAAAACAAUUUGUACAAACAGCACCACACAAUGGAUUACCUGCAAAAGUAAGUAUUUGUCAAUGAACAUAUAUACAAAAUUAAUAUAAAUAAAUAAUACAAUUAAUAAUAAUAAUAAUAAAUAAUAAAAUACAAAAUUAGAAAGGCAAACACAGAGAGCUUUGCUUUUGCAUGCAGCACUGUAUGAGGAAUUUCAGAGAAAUUAUUUAUCAUUGGUUGAUCUACAUUCUCUUCAUUAGUGAGAGUCAAGAUUCACCUGCACAAUUUAUGGCAAAUUUACAAAAAGACUAAUAGAAAUGUGUAUAAAAUAUGCUUGACAGUUUAUGACUAGAUGUUUUGAUGGGUAACUUGACAAUUGCACAGAGAACUAUAUAACACAUUUUGAGCAACAUGACAUUAGUAACUGAUAAUGAAGGAAAACGCAGACAAAUGUACAUAAUCGAUUGCAUGAAUGUUGCAACUGCAACUUGUUCAAAAGAAUGAGAAACUGCUUUUAUCAUGAGCACAAGUGACUAUGAUGUGGACGUUGAACAAGUAAUUUCAUUUCUGAUCUAAGAAAUGAACCAAAGCGACUGAGAAAAACUAAUAAUGUAUUAGUAAAUGUUGAAAUUAACAUUAAUAAAUGCUGCAGAAGUAUUGUUCAUUCUUAGUUCAUGUUAACUACACUUGUUAACUAAUGAACCUUAUUGUGAAGUGCUACCAUUUAUAUAAAUGUACCACAAUACCAACUACCUGGUUUCUGGCCGACAGCAACAAUUUAUUUAGCCUAUGUCACAAUAUGAGGUACAGUAAAUCCGCCCUGUACAUGAUAGUGAUUUUUGUUGCCAAAUUGGUUUGGAACAGUUGUUGAAUAAACAAUUAAACUGAA